AUGAUCGCGCGCACGAUAACAUCUGAGAUGCUACCAAUCGGGUUACAGCUGUCUCCACACAUGCGCGAAACGUCACGCCACUCUGCCGGCCUCGGGCCGCUGGCUCUUCCUGCAGUUGCGCAAACCCGCCCACUGCUUUCUGCGGCUGCGCAGUCAGGGUCUCUGCGCCUGGUUGGACCAGAACGAGAGGAGCGAAAGCGAGAUGACAAGGGAACGUCAUCGUUUGGAAAGAGUCGCAAUAAGACGCACACGCUAUGCCGCCGCUGUGGCUCCAAGGCCUACCACCUCCAGAAGUCCACUUGUGGCAAGUGUGGCUACCCCGCCAAGCGCAAGAGAAAGUAUAACUGGAGUGCCAAGGCUAAAAGGCGAAAUACCACCGGUACUGGUCGCAUGAGGCACCUAAAGAUCGUUUACCACAGAUUCAGGCAUGGAUUCCGUGAAGGAACAACACCGAAACCCAAACGGGCAGCUGUUGCAGCAUCCAGUUCAUCUUAA